GUCAGAUUCUAAAUUAAUUUAAAAAAUAUAUUUAUUAGAUAUAAAAUAAAAUAUUUACCUUUUAUUUUCCAAUAAUUUUUUUCCCUUAAGAGUUAAGAUGAGAUCUCGGCUUCUUCUUCUCGUUGGCAUUUCUUCGUCGGGUUUCCGUUUGAGACCUUUCUCACUCUCCCUUUCUCGUUUCGUUCUUACUCUGUAGAUCAUUUUCCCAUUCUCCUUCUUUCUUCUAUCCUUCUGAUUGAUUCAGCAGCAGUGGGGUCUGUCGCUGCCCUAGAUCUCGCAGCGAUUCGAAUCCCUCGUUUCGUUCUCGGUUUGACUCUCUCCCGUGGGACGGACGGUUCGACGCCAUUCGCAGAUCUAGUUGUCCGCUAGCAGUCGAUCCAACCGGCACCAUGUCGACCGCAGGCGCAGCACCGAUCACCAUGAAGGAAGUGCUGACGCUUCCAAGCAUUGGGAUUAGUCCGCAGUUCAUCACUUUUACGAACGUGACCAUGGAGUCCGACAAGUAUAUAUGCGUGCGAGAAACUGCCCCGCAGAAUAGUGUGGUUAUUGUCGAUAUGAACAUGCCGAAUCAGCCACUGAGGCGACCAAUCACAGCAGACUCUGCUCUUAUGAAUCCUAACUCUAGGAUUCUCGCUUUGAAAGCCCAACUUCCUGGCACCACUCAGGAUCACUUGCAAAUAUUUAACAUUGAGAUGAAGACAAAAAUGAAGUCCUACCAGAUGCCUGAGCAGUUUGUUGCUGAACAUCCAUGUGAUUGUGGUGAAUUUGAGAUUGCUGAUAUAUCCAACUUCUCCCAACUUCAGAGGCAACAACUAGUGAAGGGGAACAUGCAACUUUUCUCUGUUGAGCAACAGCGUAGCCAAGCUCUUGAAGCACAUGCAGCUGCAUUUGCUCAAUUUAAGGUACCUGGAAAUGAGAAUCCCUCUACUCUUAUUUCUUUUGCCACAAAAACCUUCAAUGCUGGGCAGAUUACCUCAAAGUUGCAUGUCAUUGAACUUGGUGCUCAACCAGGGAGACCAUCAUUUUCCAAGAAGCAGGCAGAUCUUUUCUUCCCUCCAGAUUUUGCUGAUGACUUUCCUGUGGCGAUGCAGAUAUCCCACAAGUUCAACUUGAUCUAUGUUAUCACCAAGCUGGGGUUGCUGUUUGUGUAUGACUUGGAAACAGCUGCUGCUGUAUACCGAAACCGAAUCAGUCCAGAUCCAAUUUUUCUGACAUCUGAGGCGUCUACCUUGGGGGGCUUUUAUGCCAUCAAUAGACGAGGCCAAGUGUUGUUGGCUACUGUAAAUGAAGCAACAAUUGUACCAUUUGUUAGUGGACAAUUGAAUAAUUUAGAGCUUGCUGUUAACCUUGCCAAAAGAGGAAACCUUCCCGGUGCAGAGAACCUGGUUGUGCAACGUUUCCAAGAACUGUUCGCUCAAACAAAAUAUAAGGAAGCUGCAGAGCUUGCUGCGGAGUCCCCACAGGGAAUCCUCAGAACACCAGAUACAGUUGCCAAGUUCCAGAGUGUUCCUGUUCAAGCUGGCCAGACGCCCCCACUUUUACAGUACUUUGGCACUCUUCUGACAAGAGGAAAGCUGAAUGCGUUUGAAUCCUUGGAAUUGUCCCGCCUUGUUGUAAAUCAGAACAAAAAGAACCUUUUAGAGAAUUGGUUGGCGGAGGAUAAGUUGGAAUGCAGUGAGGAGCUUGGAGACCUUGUUAAAACUGUGGAUAAUGAUCUUGCACUCAAGAUAUACAUCAAAGCCAGAGCAACCCCGAAAGUGGUAGCUGCAUUUGCUGAGAGGAGGGAGUUCGAUAAAAUCCUGAUUUACUCAAAACAAGUUGGGUAUACUCCAGACUAUUUGUUCCUUCUGCAAACAAUUCUCCGCACUGAUCCUCAGGGAGCCGUGAACUUUGCUUUGAUGAUGUCUCAAAUGGAGGGCGGUUGCCCAGUUGACUACAACACUAUCACUGAUCUCUUCCUGCAGAGGAACCUGAUUCGUGAGGCUACAGCCUUCCUGUUGGACGUUUUGAAGCCAAACUUGCCAGAACAUGCAUUCCUGCAAACUAAGGUCCUGGAAAUAAAUCUGGUAACAUUUCCUAAUGUUGCUGAUGCUAUUCUGGCUAAUGGAAUGUUCAGCCACUACGAUCGCCCUCGUAUCGCUCAACUUUGUGAAAAAGCUGGGCUUUACAUUCGGGCUUUGCAACACUACGCCGAGUUGCCAGAUAUCAAACGUGUCAUUGUGAAUACACAUGCAAUAGAGCCCCAGGCUGCAAAGGAGUACUGUGAGCAGCUGGGUAUUGAUCAGUGCAUCAAACUGUUUGAACAAUUUAAAUCUUAUGAAGGAUUGUACUUCUUUCUUGGAUCGUUUUUGAGUUCAAGUGAGGAUCCUGAAAUACACUUCAAGUACAUUGAAGCUGCUGCUAAAACUGGACAAAUAAAGGAGGUUGAGCGUGUCACUAGAGAAUCAAAUUUCUAUGAUGCUGAAAAGACGAAGAAUUUUCUUAUGGAGGCCAAACUUCCUGAUGCAAGGCCGUUGAUUAAUGUCUGUGACCGCUUUGGUUUUGUUGGGGAUCUCACACAUUAUCUUUAUACAAACAACAUGCUGCGAUAUAUUGAAGGUUAUGUGCAGAAGGUGAACCCAGGAAAUGCUCCAUUGGUUGUUGGGCAGUUGUUGGAUGACGAAUGUCCUGAAGAUUUCAUCAAGGGGCUUAUUCUUUCUGUUCGUUCUCUGCUGCCAGUGGAGCCUCUUGUAGAUGAAUGUGAAAAGAGGCAUGUAAACCGGCUUCGUUUGCUUACUCAGUUCUUGGAGCACCUGGUAAGUGAGGGAAGCCAAGAUGUGCAUGUCCACAAUGCACUGGGUAAGAUCAUCAUUGAUAGCAACAACAAUCCAGAGCACUUUCUCACAACAAACCCUUACUACGACUCGAAGGUCGUUGGUAAGUAUUGUGAGAAACGUGAUCCCACCCUUGCUGUUGUGGCUUACCGAAGAGGGCAGUGUGAUGAUGAACUUAUCAAUGUCACAAAUAAGAACUCCUUGUUUAAAUUACAAGCCAGGUAUGUUGUUGAAAGGAUGGAAUCUGAUCUUUGGGAGAAGGUUCUUGACCCUGAAAAUGAGUACAGACGUCAGCUCAUUGACCAAGUUGUUUCUACGGCCUUACCUGAAAGCAAGAGCCCAGAACAGGUUUCUGCUGCUGUUAAGGCGUUCAUGACUGCUGACCUUCCACAUGAGUUGAUUGAGCUUCUUGAAAAGAUUGUGCUUCAAAAUUCUGCAUUCAGUGGCAACUUCAAUCUUCAAAACCUGCUUAUCUUGACAGCAAUUAAGGCAGAUCCCUCUAGGGUUAUGGAUUACAUCAACAGAUUGGAUAACUUUGAUGGUCCUGCUGUUGGGGAAGUGGCAGUUGAAGCUCAGCUUUAUGAAGAAGCGUUUGCAAUUUUCAAGAAGUUCAAUUUGAAUGUUCAGGCUGUGAAUGUUCUUUUGGAUAACAUCAGGAGCAUUGACCGGGCUGUGGAGUUUGCAUUCCGUGUUGAAGAAGAUGCUGUAUGGAGCCAAGUUGCCAAGGCUCAACUCAGGGAGGGUUUGGUUUCUGAUGCAAUUGAAUCAUUUAUUCGUGCAGAUGAUGCCACUCAAUUUCAUGAGGUCAUUCGUGCAGCCGAAGAGGCUGAUGUCUAUCAUGAUCUGGUGAAAUACCUUCUGAUGGUUAGGCAAAAAACGAAAGAGCCCAAGGUGGACAGCGAGCUCAUUUUUGCAUAUGCCAAGAUUGAUAGGUUAGGUGAAAUAGAGGAAUUCAUUCUUAUGCCAAAUGUGGCUAAUCUCCAACUUGUUGGUGAUCGUCUAUAUGAUGAUGCUCUGUACGAGGCCGCAAAAAUAAUAUUUGCCUUCAUAUCAAAUUGGGCAAAGUUGGCUUGUACCCUUGUGAAGCUGAAACAGUUCCAAGGUGCUGUCGAUGCAGCGCGGAAGGCCAACAGUGCAAAAAUGGAAGGAAGUGUGCUUCUUGUGUUGAUGCUGAAGAGUUCGCUUGGCCCAAAUGUGUGGUUUGAAUAUCAUUGUGCAGGAUUGGAACGAGCACAUAUGGGCAUCUUCACUGAGUUGGGAGUUCUCUAUGCCAGAUACCGCUAUGAGAAGCUUAUGGAGCAUAUUAAGUUGUUCUCAACCCGUCUCAAUAUUCCCAAACUCAUCAGAGCAUGUGAUGAACAGCAGCAUUGGAAGGAACUCACCUAUCUCUACAUCCAAUAUGACGAGUUCGAUAAUGCUGCUGCAACUGUAAUGAAUCAUUCUCCGGAGGCCUGGGACCACAUGCAGUUCAAGGAUAUUGUGGUCAAGGUUGCCAAUGUGGAGCUAUAUUACAAGGCGGUGCAUUUCUACUUGCAAGAGCAUCCUGAUCUUAUCAAUGAUCUCCUAAAUGUAUUGGCUCUCCGUGUUGACCAUACUCGUGUUGUUGACAUCAUGCGGAAGGCUGGGCACUUGCUUCUUGUGAAGCCAUAUAUGGUUGCUGUUCAGAGCAACAAUGUGUCUGCUGUGAAUGAGGCUUUGAAUCAGAUAUAUGUUGAGGAAGAGGACUAUGAUAGAUUAAGAGAAUCAAUUGAUUUACAUGAUAACUUUGAUCAGAUUGGCCUUGCUCAGAAGAUUGAGAAGCAUGAGCUCCUUGAAAUGAGACGUGUUGCUGCAUAUAUCUACAAAAAGGCAGGCAGAUGGAAGCAGUCGAUUGCAUUGUCUAAGAAGGAUAACCUAUAUAAAGAUGCCAUGGAAACUGCUUCACAAUCUGAUGUCGCUCUUGAACUUGCCUGGAUGAACAAUAUGAUCGACUUUGCCUUCCCAUACCUGCUACAGUUCAUUCGUGAAUACACCGGCAAAGUUGACGAGCUUGUAAAAGACAAACUCGAGGCUCAGAAGGAAGUUAAGGCCAAGGAACAGGAAGAGAAGGAUGUGAUUGCCCAGCAGAACAUGUAUGCCCAGUUGCUUCCCCUUGCAUUGCCUGCACCUCCAAUGCCGGUAUGGGUGGGCCAGGGAUGCCUGGCGGUUUCAUGCCACCACAGAUGGGCGGGAUGGGAAUGCCCCCGAUGCAGCAGUUUGGGAUGCCUCCAAUGGGGAACUAUUGAUUUUUUGACUGGGGCCGUGCUUUUUGUAGAAAUUAGCUCCGAGUUAUCUUUGCGGUUUGCAGAGCAGCACCUUUCGAAGAGGGAAGCAGUCGGUAGUUGCUAUUCUGGUGGUGUCAUAUGGCUGGCUUUGUCAGCGCCUUCAUAUGUAGGGGUGGUCGGGAUUUUGACGUUUGCAUUGUAG